CGGUUAACUUCUCUCUCUAGAGGCAGACACAACACAACACACGUCAAAACAUGGUCAUGUUGCAGCAGUGCAUUUUCAGGAGAAUUCUCCAACCAUUUUAUUCAGGGCAUCAAGGAACCACUAAAAGUCUGCUGUCAGCUGGGUUUCCCACCAAGCUGCUGGGUGGACAUGGAGGAGCUGCUGGGCACAGGAGCAAAUCAACUGUUCCAGAUGUAAGGGAGCGGACUCUUAUUGCUGUAAAGCCAGAUGGAGUUCAACGUCGUCUUGUAGGACAAAUAAUUCAGCGGUUCGAGCAGCGUGGCUUCAAGCUGGUCGGCCUGAAAAUGUUGCAGGUGCCUGAUGACCUCCUGGCUCAGCACUACUCCCAACUGAGGACUAAGCCCUUCUAUCCCAGGCUGCUGGAGUACAUGACCUCAGGGCCUGUUGUUGUCAUGGUGUGGGAAGGGAACAAGAUAGUCCAGACGACACGUACCAUGGUGGGACAUACUAACCCAGCGGAGGCCCAGGCAGGCACAGUCAGAGGAGAUUUCAGCUAUCAUGUCAGCAGGAACGUGGUUCAUGCCAGUGAUUCACUGGAGAUGGCACAAAGGGAGAUCCAGCUGUGGUUUCAGAAAAAGGAGCUCCUGAACUGGGACUGCUGUGACCAGACCCUCACCUGUGAGGUGUGAAGAUGCUGUGAGCCGGACGCAGUGAGAAUCAGUAAUGCUACCUCUUCUCCUGCUGCUCAACGGUCUGUCUCUUUUGACCACAGUGAUUGAAAAAGAUAAGUCGUAUUCAGGGUUCCUAUCAAAUAAUUUACCUCAGUAAGUGCACUUAGAGUCACAAAGAUUUCAGGUUUUUUCCUCCAAUAAAUCAAGCUACCUUAGCAACUGCACACAUAUAGCUGUUACAUCUUUCAUUGAACGGCCACAACAGGAGAAGUUUACCUUUGGUCUCGGGGUGAGUAAUCGAAUAGAUACAGUAUUUUAUCAGUAUGUGUGAAACAUUGAGGUGCAGUGUCGAGCCAUAGUGUAUUAAUUAAACAUGAAUGACAAAUACAGAAAUUGUUAGUGGCUCAGUAACUGAUUUAAAGCUGACAUAUAUUGUAUGUGGCUCAAAGCAGUCAUAACAUCAACAAUCUAUAUUAAAAAUAACAAAAAAAUAAAAUAAAAAAUGCAAAUAUUACCAAGUAAUAAAGACAAAGUCAGCUCUAAUUUGUUUGACUCAUUGCACAUAUGGUAAAAAUGUAAGAGCUGACUUUCACCCCCUGUCGCUGCUCUGCUGUAUGAUGAUCACGCACAGCUCCAGCUGGCUAAUAGAUUCACAAAAUAUUGCAUUAAGUUUUUCAUCACAGUGAGAAAAGAAAUCACAAAUUUUCAAGAGACUGAUAUCCCAUUUUUGGCAACAUAAAACAAUUAAAUGACAUUUUAACAAAGCCUUGCUGUGAAGUAAUAAGUAAAAUGGUGUAUACAUUCUUGGUUGUUUAACAAUAGUGUUGUUUUGGGAGUAAUACGCACACUAAUAACCUUUUUAGUCAAGUCUUUACUUGAACUAUAUCCUCAAAUACUUUAAGUGUAAUUAUUCUACUUGACUGAAAUUGUAAAUUUGUGUAAAUUGUUGAAUGAUCCUCCUACCUCUGUUUAAAAGAAGAAAGAAAUGAAAUAAGAGGGUAAAUAGUUUCAAGUGCAAAACUUUGUCAGGAAAUCAAAUAAUCCCUGUUUACACUAGAACAUUUGACCUCUGGUGAAUGUUAUUUGUAAAAUGUGCUUGUGCUGUCAGUGCAAAAAUGUACCAAAGUAACGUGAUGGUGAUGAUUUACCUCCGCCUGCUAUUAUUGAACACUUAAUGAUUCAGAUUUGAUGUAUGUUGACAUCUUCAGUGUCACUUUCUUAAUUCUUCAUACAGUUGAAAAAUCUAGUUCAGUCUGUUGCGCACAAUAUUACAUUAUUAAUAUAUUAUGAAAUGACUUAUCUAGAAUUCUUCAAAUAGUUUUUAUGUUUUGAUCAUAUAACAGAAUAUGGAAAGAAAGGUUGCAGUAAACUCAUAGAUAUCAUAAAAAAAUACACAUAAUUUAAGUUUUAUUCAAGCCAAUAUAUUCACAGUAUCCCUUAUGUUACUGUGUUGUACAUUAUGUCAUGUCAGGACGGAAAUAGUGUGUUGAUUGUGUAUCAGUUGAAUGUGUAUUUGGUCUAAAACAGCAUCUGGCUACAACAAGCGACAUUGUCUUAAGUGCACAGAUUGAUGUGCAAGCAAUAAAAACUCUGAAUCAAUAAAAACAUCUGACUGUU